CAUCCCAGAUUUUCUUGCGAAACUACGAUUAUACUUCCAAAACCAAGGUGUAGAUCCAGCAGAUAAUGCAGGAGGUCCACCAACAGGAAGAGAAGUAGCAAUAGGAUAUUUAAGAGGAUGUAUGAGAGGAAGAACCUUAGAAUGGUUUGAUGAUGAAAUUACUACAAAACGGAAUUGGGAGUUAAGUAAUUUACUUGAUAAUACAGGGCAAGCUAACUUAGUAGCUGUAAAUGGACGAACUGCAAUACAAAUAGGAGCUAAUGCAUUGAAUGAGGCCGUUGGCCAACCAGGAACUGCAAUAGUCAAGUUAAGAGUU